AAACAAAAUGUCAUCUUGGGAAAUCAGAUUCUCUAAAUCACGUCAAUUGCCUUACUUUUACGAUUCGGCAGGUGGUGCAUCAACUUGGGAACGUCCAGAAGGUAUCUCAGAAGAACAAAUCACAUCUUUACCCGGUGCUCAUUACUUACAACAACAUGCAAACGGUAGCGGUAAUGGUGAUGUACCAGAAGGUCAGGUAAGAGCAAGUCAUUUGCUUGUCAAACAUCGUGAUAGUAGAAGACCGAGCAGUUGGAAAGAGAAAAACAUCACCCGAUCCGUUGAAGAAGCAGAAGGUAUCCUACGUGAACAUGCAAACACACUUGGAUCAAAGCCUACUCCAGAUCAAUUUGGUCAAUUGGCAAAAACGCAUUCCGAUUGUUCUUCAGCCGCUAAAGGAGGUGAUUUAGGUUUCUUUGGUCGUGGUCAAAUGCAGAAACCAUUUGAAGAUGCAACUUAUGGUCUUCAAGUUGGAGAAAUGAGUGAUGUCAUCAAAUCUGAUUCUGGUUUACAUUUGAUUCUAAGAACCGCUUAAAGAAUGAUUCGAUUGGAUUUUCAUCAAUUCACGAAAGAAAAAUGUAUAAACAUAUAUAAUACAAAAAGCCGAAAGAGUUCGCCUAGUCAACAUUCACCAACCUCUGAGUGCUAUCAGUAGAUCGCCUUGAAUCCUUGUGCUGAGAUGUUGAUGAGAGUGUCGCUUUGGAAGCUUGUGGAGAUCCCGUAAAUGAAGAAUGUCUCCUUCGUUCUGCCAUGAGAUCCAAUUCCAUCGAUUCCAAAAAUGUUUUUAGCGUUCUCUUUUCCCAUUCUCCCCAAAUCAGAGCACUAUACAAAGCAGUCGUACCAAGCCAAGUGAACAAUAAAGUAAACAAUGCCCAUAUUGCUCCUAAACCAACACGACCCAUCCUUGUACUUCC